CAUCCCCUAAAGAUUCCUUUCUUGCUCAGAUCUUCUUUCAUUUCAGAUUUCAAGUUUAUACAAAAUUAAAUGGCAACCGCCGAUUCCCAGAAGUUCCACGUGCUCGCCGUCGACGACAGCGUCAUCGACCGGAAGCUGAUCGAGAGGCUGGUGAGGGCGACUUGCUCCGGCGACGAGGUGACCGUGACGGUGGUGGAUUCCGGGACGAAGGCCCUCCGUGUGGUGGAGGAAGCGGAGGUGAAUCUGAUCAUCACCGAUUACACCAUGCCCGGAAUGACCGGCUACGAUCUGCUCCGGGAGAUCAAGGGCUGCUCCGCCUCCAAACACAUCCCCGUCGUGGUGGUGUCGUCGGAUGACGUCCCGUCGAGGAUUCGCAGCUGCCUGUCGGAGGGCGCCGAGGAGUUCUGCCUCAAACCCGUCCGCCUCUCCGACGUCAAGCCGCAUCUCUUGAACGCCGCCUGCAGAGGAAGGCCGGCGGCCGGACUGACUCCUGCAGUUUGCGGGACCGUUUGAGUCAUCCAGAUCUGGGAAUCAGUUGCCCGGUCCGUGCAUUUCCAUUUCUAAUGUGUAUAUAUGAAAUGAAUGUUUGAUAUGAAUUUCAAGAAAUGGGCGAUUUUGUUACGGAGUACAGUAUUAUUUUGAAAUUUAAUUAGUAAAAUCGCUGUUCUCAG